CCUUUGUGCCUAGCUGGGGCACUCUGGGGGUCCUUGGCUGAGCAGCACUUUCCCCAUCCCCAGGGGAGGAGGAGGAGGUGUGGGGGUGGUGCCAGGGUGCCCCUUGCUCCUUGUGCCCUCCCUGCAGCGUCUCCAGCCUGGCUGCCUGUCAGCUGGGGGAGGCAGAGCCAUGUGAGGCCGGGCACACAUGGCACAGCUCGCUGUAUUUUUAGCAGAUGGCAUCAAAAGCAUCAUUAUGGCUGUUGGUUAAAUGCAGCCUCCCCCCCCCCGCCCCCCCCUCCGCUUUACCAGCCCCAGGGAGCUGCUUUCAGCUGCCUCCUGCUUCAGAGGGCAAGGAGCAAAGAUGCUGAGCUGCUGCCAGGAUGGUGCCCAUGGGUGAAGGGUUCAGCUGGGUAGGGGUUUGAGACCCUCCCUCACACUUCAGUCCCCUCCCUGCCCCUCCUGCUGCCAUCCCCCCCCCCCCCCCCUCCAUCCAUCCACUGUACCAGCCCCAAGGAGCUUCAGAGGGCAAGGAGCAAAGAUGCUGAGCUGCUGCCAGGAUGGUGCCCAUGGGUGAGGGGUUUGGCUGGGUAGGGGUUGAGACCCUCCCUACACACCCUGGCAUCACCAGGCAGCACCGAGUGCAGAUUAGCAAAAGCUUCUUCGUGGGCACCGUGCAUGGUGCUGGGAAAAAAGCCUUUCCCCUACCCUCCACCCCCCAACCUCCACUUCCACCUCCUCCACCUCUUUUUUUUUCCCCCUGCCUUCUUCUGGCUGCAUCCUCAUCUUCUUCACCUGCACCGUGGUGGAGGAAGGCUCCAGCCAGCCCGGGACGACGCUGAGCACCACAUGAGUGGCAGAGGGACAUGGCCAGCGGCGACACCAGGAUGGGAGAGGCCCCAGCGAGGUGGAGGAGAGCCCAGGAGGCAGCAGCGGACGGCAGAGGGCUGGAGGGCAGCGCCACGGCCGUGCCCCGCGGCGCCCUGCCGGCGCUGGGACUCGUGGGCUACCCCGAGCCUGGCAAGCUGAGCUGCGGACCGGAGAAGGGAUGCCCUUGGAGGGGCACCCAGGGCUGUCUGGGACCGAGACAGGAGCUCAACACGGGCAGGCUUGGCUGCCCCUACCCCCCGGCCCCGCCGUGCCUGCGCGAUGCCCUGUGCCCCCCCGAGGACGGAGCGGAGCUGCCGCCGCUGCUGCCGCCCAGGAACGGGCAGCCCAACGCGGGCUGGGCUGAGCCCUGCAAGGAGCACCCCGGGCCACGGUGGGCUGAGGCCGUGCUGGCACCCCUGGCACUCUACAGCCAUGCAUACCACCGCUACCCGCUGCCCUUCCCAGGGCUGGACAGCCAGCAGCUUGGCACCCCUGGCAAGCCCCGUGCCAGCGUGGGCAACGGGGAUGGGGACCCCUCGACCUUCCACCACUGCCCCUUCCUGGUGGAGGCCAAGCACAGUCCCUUCCUCCUGUCCUCGCUGCUGCCCACGGCAGCCUCUGCAGACCCCCACUUUGGUGGGGGGGGACCCGAGGGACCUGGCACAGUGGGGGAUGGGCGCUUUGCUGGCACGGACUGGCACCUGAGCUCCUAUGUGCCCGCCUGGGGCCAGCCUCUCUACUUGGGGCUCCCACCGAGGUGCAAAGCAGCUCCAGCCCCCUUCGAGGACUGCUCCAGCUCAGGGAACAAGGAGUUCUACCCCAAGAAAGAGCCUGGCCCCCACCCCCCUGCCAAGGACCAGAUGGCACCGCAGCUGCCGGGCAAGGACCAGGAUGGAGAUGGGAAGGGGCAGGUGGUGGUGCCACAGCUCCCAGGAGCACCAUGGAGGGAUGGCAGAGCUGGGGGCAGCUCAGCGGUGCCCCCUCCCCAUCCCCACACACCUCCCCCCAGUGCCAGCCGCCCUCUCUUCCUCCUGCAGCCUGGCACCACAGGGGGCUGUGGGGGUUCCUGGGUGGGCACACGGCCCCGUGCCGCUGGUUUCUCCCUGGAGCCAGCCCCGGGCCAGCCCUCUGAGCCCACAGACGGGCACCUGGCAUGCCAGAGCCUCCAGCCUGGCUCGCCACUGGCACCAGGAGAGCCAGGACCAUCACCUCCGCUCAGGGACGGGCACUGCCCAGCGAGCCUCGCCAAGCCAGAGCCAUCCCCUGCUUGCCUCUGCAGCGUGCCAGGCGGCGCUGGGUGCCCGGGGCGGGGCUGCGGGGCGCUGGGUCCCUUCGAGCCCACCCUGGGCAUCUCUGGGGGCCACUUCCCGUGCCCCCCCAGCAACCACACCAAGCUGAAGAAGACGUGGCUGACCAGGCACUCGGAGCAGUCGCUGCCACGCUGCAAAGCUCCCCGCCGGGACGGCGCCCACGAGCUGGGCACCGAGGGCAAGCGCUCGGCCAAGCGCCCGCAUGGCACCGGCGACGGCGCUGGGGUGGCCAAGCGCAGCUCUAAAGCCACCGAAGAGGGGGCUGCGGCGUGCCAGGGAGAUGGCACAGACAGCAGAGGGCACUUGGAGGAGAAGAGGAUGGAGCUGGGAGAGGGAGACCCAUCCAACUGUGCCAGCCAGGAGCCGUGGUGCCUGCAGAGUGUGCCCUGCACUGCCCUGCCCGACAGCAUCCCGCGGUGCUGUGCCUGCGCCGCCCGGACCAUGGGGGACCCCGAACGGGAGGAAGAGGAGGAGGAGGAGGAGAAGAAUCCCCUUGAGAGCACCUGCAGGCUGCUGCACUUCCGCAGGUUCGCCCCCGGCGCCAGGGGGGAGCUGAGCAUCGAUGGCUUCUGCACGCUGGGGGGGGCAGAAGGGGAGAGGCUGGAUGGAGCCAGCCCCAGGCGAGGGGCCAGGGGCUCGGGGCCCCCCCUCUGCCUGGCCAAAUACCUGCUGGGUGUCCUGGGAGACCCUUUCUGCCAGGCUGUCUGCAGGGACAGGGACACCUUGCCAGGGGGUGCCGGUGGGCCUGAGGGAGUGACAGCCUGGAGGCGGGGGGAAGGAGCCCCCCAGUUCUGUGACGCCUGCCAGAGUGGCUUCUUCAACUCCCACUGGAGCUGUGCCAGAUGUGGCUUCCAGCUGUGCCCCGACUGCCACCGCAGCAGACAGCAGGCUGGCGGCCAGGAGGGUCCCACACCUGAGUGCACCCCUGGGCGAGACCACCACGUGGCCUCCCUUGUGCCCACGCAGUUUGUGCCCACCCGUGUCCUGACCCAGCUCUGGAAGCUGCUCCAUGAGCUCAGGGCCAAGUUCAGCAUCGAGUCUCAUUGCCCCUGCGGGGAGGGGGCUGCAGGGCACAGCCCGGGGGGCACACAGGGGCUGCCAGGAGCCAUGGUGCCCACCCUGCCACCCAGCGAUGGCCAAGCUGACACCUCCCGACCCAUCAAAGAAGCAGAGCGCCCCGAGGGGGGGUCACCAUCCCCAGGGCAGCCUCCUCCUCCUCCCCGGGGUGGGGGCAGCGUGCAGACCUCCACCCUCUGCGACCUCCUGGCCUCCACCGCUGUCAAGCUGUGCCUGGGGCAGGACGGGGUGCGCAUGGCCUUCGCCCCCGUCUCACCCGCCUUGCCCAGCGAUAACCGCCUGACCAGCAUCCUGGACAGCAUCAUAGCGCGGGUGGUGGAGAGGAAGAUCCAGGAGAGGCAGGCGGGCAGCGAGGGGAACCCCCCCAGCGCCCCCGGCCCGCCUGGCCCCACAGCCUCCCACUGCCUCCUGGCACCCAGCGGCUUGCUCUGGUUGCAAGACCCCAACCACGCCAGCAGCUACAAACCCUUCCAGGAGCACUGGCGACGAGGCCAGCCUGUCCUUGUUUCAGGGCUCCAGAAGAGGCUGGAGGGGAAGCUGUGGGGCCCAGAGUCCUUCAUGGCAGCCGCGGGGCAGCAGGCACUGGAGGUGGUGAACCUGAGGGCACCCCAGAGCCGGCUCAGGAUGGGCAGCAGGGAGUUCUGGGAUGGUUUUACUGCACCCCAGGAGCAGGGUGGUGGUGACCUGCUGAAGCUGGAGAGUGGCUUUGGGGACAAGGACAAGUGCAGGGCUGCCAACCUGAGUGCCAGCCUACCACUGCCAGAGUACUGCAGUGCCAGCGGCCGCCUCAACUUGGCCACCUACCUCCGGGGCCAGCGGGGCCGGUGCUGGCUGCGCCCACGAGUCUGUGCUGCUUACGGAGUGCAGCCCCAGGACCGGAGCAUUGGCACCAAAAACCUGACGGUGGAGGCAACAGACUGCAUCAGCAUCCUGGUGCACGCCGAGGUGGCACGGCAGGAUGUGCUCCUGCCCGCUGCUGCCGACGGCUUGGAUGCCCUGCUGAAGGAGCGGCUCGGGAACGCCGGCAGCCAGCCCGGUGCCCUCUGGCACAUCUUCCGUGCCGAGGAUGCCAGUCGCAUCCAGGAGUUCCUGCAGGAGGCAUCUGAGGAGCAAGGGCAGGAGGGGGAGGCCACAGCAGCCCCCCCCAGCCUCUACCUCGACCUCUCCUCGCGGAGGAGGCUGCGUGAGCAGUGGGGGGUGAGCGGCUGGACCCUGCUCCAGUUCCUGGGGGACGCAGUGCUGGUCCCUGCUGGGGCUCCCCACCAGGUGCAGAGCCUCACCAGCACCAUCAGCGUGGAGCAGAGGUUCCUCUCACCAGAGAACAUCGCCCACCUGCGGCACCACGGCGCCCCCCUGCCCAGGGCUGCUCGCCAGCUCCGUGCCCAGGUGGAUGGCAUGAUCCUCGCCGCCGUGCAGGAAGCCCUGGAAGUCCUGCAGGGCUGCAAGUGAGGUGCCCAGGGCUGCAAGUGCCCCUGGCAUCUUGGAAGGAUGCUUGGACAAAGAUGGAGCUGCUGGCCAUGGGCAUGGCCAUGAUGCCAGGAGGAGCCAGGACUGGGCACCUCUGGCUUGGUGCUUUGCUCUGUGAUCACCCCAGGGGUGCUUGGGGCAACUGGGGAAUAAAGUGUCUGCAAUGUGCCAGGGCCACUGGCACCACCAGCA